AUGAACAAGUGGAGCAGAGCCAUCUGGCGGAUAUCGCUGAACCUGCGCCUCGCGUUCUUCAAGAAGCGUGACCAGAGCACGGAUCGUGUCGGUGGGAAGCGAGGCAAGAGUCAGGACCGGGUGAUCCCCACCCUGGAGCUGCCUGGAGAGCGGCCGCCGCUGGGAGCUCUCGGCGCUGGUGGAUCAGCCGUCCGACUGUCCCAGGUGACCGACACGGAACGGGCGGACAUGCGUCUGAUGCCGCCGCAGAUCCCCGACCGGCUCUCCCGUCAGCGUCUGUCGGUAGCCAACGCCCAGCAGCCGGACGGAGAGCCGGCAGGAGACGACAUCGGCAACGCCUUCGACGCCGAGUGUCUGCGACUCAUCAACGAGUACUACUACGGCGUGCGCAUCUUCCCCGGCCAGGACCCGGCGCAUGUGUACGUCGGCUGGGUGACGACUCAGUACCACAUCCACGGCACCACGUUCAGCCAGCAGGCUGUCAGGAAGGUCACCGUGGCGCAUACGGAUGGAUACGGACAGUUCGGCGACAGUGUGGACCGCCACAGCUGCUACAUGGUGCGGGCCGACGACCUGCUCUCGGAGGUCUCGGCCGACGCGUCGGGCAAGGGCGCCUCGCAGGGCAUGUCGAUCGGCUGCUUCAUCGAUACCUCGACCGGCGUCAUCGCCUUCACAUGCGAGGGCAAGGAGACCAACAUCAGGUUCAAGAUGGAGCCGGGCGUGAAGCUGUUCCCGGCCGUGUUUGUCGAGGCCACCAGUAAGGACGUGCUGCAGAUCGAGCUCGGCAGAACGCCCACCUCCCUGCCGCUCUCCGCCGCCGUGCUGCAGAGCUCUGAGAAACACGUAGUGCCGCAGUUCCCGCCUCGUCUCAAGUUCCAGCUGCUGAAGCCGCACCAGUGGGCGCGCGUACCCAACCAGAGCCUGCGCGUUCACGCGCUGAAGCUCUCCGAUAUCCGCGGCUGGUCCAUCUACUGCGAGGACCCGGUGCCCAUGCUGGCGCUGCAUAUACCCGAGGAGGACCGCUGCAUCGAUAUACUGGAGCUGAUCGAGCACGAACGACUGCUCAGUUUCCACGCGCACACGCUGGAGCUGUACUGCGCAGUGUGUUUCCAGUCCAACUACCGCGGUGCCCACAUCCUCUGUCACCACGUGGACGACAAACAGCUGCUCUAUGCCAUCCGGGCCGAGUACAUGUCGGGCCCGCUGCGGCGCGGAUUCUACGACCUGCUCAUCGCCGUGCAUAUGGAGUCGCACGCCAAUACCAUGGAGGUGACCAGCAACGAGUACGUGAUCCCGCUGGGUCCCGAGCUGAAGCAGCUGUACGACGAGCCGGGCAUGGCUCACAGUCUGAGUGUCCAGACAACCAUGUCCGUCCAGCCGGCCAUGGCCACACUGCCCGUCACAGACACCAGCGAGAAAGUGAACGAGCUGGCGAUCCCGUAUUUCGACUUUGAGACGGUGCGCGUGUUUGUAAUGGAGGCUCUGAAGGACGCCUACGUCAAGAACCAGGUGCACACCCGGGACUCAAUCGGCGGGUCCAACGAGACACUGUUCGUGCCGCUGCUGAAGCUCUGUGACAGACUGCUGCUGAUCGGAUACCUGCGAGACGAGGACAUUCAGGAUCUGCUGGUGAUGAUUGACCACGCCUCCUGGGACCCGACCUUCGAUCCCGAGGGAAAAGACCAGCACAGGCGUGGUCUGCUGCAGAUAAAGAUGGCUGAGGGCUGCAAGCUGCAGAUCUGCUACCUGCUGCACCAUCUCUACGACAUCCAGCUGCGACACAGGGUCGAGAGCAUCGUGGCCUUCAGCCACGACUACGUGGGCGAGCUGCAGAGGGAUCAGCUGCGACGCUAUGUGGACAUCAAACAGUCUGAGCUGCCGUCCUCAGUCACUGCGCGCAAGACCAAGGAGUUCCGCUGUCCGCCCCGCGAACAGAUGAAUUCGAUUCUGAGCUUCAAGAACCUGGAGAACAUCGACCCGGACGACGUAUCGGUCGGUGACGAUCUGAUCCAGCAGAUGAAGGAUUUCCACGACGUACUGAUGAAGAAAAUCUCCAUCGUCACCGCCGAGGAGGAGGGAGCAGAGGACGCGGAGAGCAACCAGCCCAAGUCGAUGAGCUCCACCUUCCUCUCCGUCAUCGGUAUGGUGAAGCAGGCCGAGGCGGCCGCCGCUGCCGAUGAGGAGGAGGAACAGAGCCCCGAGGACAAGUUCCGACGCGUCCUGGUGCCCACCAUCGUCCGCUGGGCAGAGGAGAGCUUCAUCGAGGACUCCAAACUGAUCCGAGAGAUGUUCAGACUGCUCCUGCGCCAGUAUAACGCCGUCGGCGAACUGAUGAAGGCUCUGGAGAAGACGUACGUCAUCAACGCCAAGACGAGCGUGGAGGUGGCGUCCCUGUGGAACUUCCUCUCCAAGAUCCGCGCCCUGCUGCCCGUCCAGAUGUCGCCGGAGGAGGAGGAGCUCGUCAGGAAGCUGCUCUGGUCUCUGGUGAACAACCACGUGUUCUUCCAGCACCCGGAUUUAGUGCGGAUCCUGCGCAUCCACGAGAACGUCAUGGCCAUCAUGAUGAACACUCUGGCCCGUCGCUCGCAGGCCGAGAACGAGUCGGCCAGCAAUGAGGCGGAGAGUAAGAUGGCGCACGAGCAGAUGUCAACAACGAAGGACACGUCCCAUGAGAUGGUGGUGGCGUGCUGCCGCUUCCUCUGCUACUUCUGUCGCACGUCGCGUCAGAACCAGAAGGCCAUGUUCGACCACCUGCAGUUCCUGUUGGAGAACUCCAACAUCCUGCUGUCGCGGCCGUCACUGCGGGGAAGUACCCCGCUCGAUGUCAGCUACUCGUCGCUAAUGGACAACACGGAGCUGGCGCUGGCGCUCAGGGAGCACUACUUGGAGAAGAUAGCCGUCUACCUGUCCCGCUGCGGCCUGCAGUCCAACAGCGAGCUGGUGGCCAAGGGCUACCCGGACCUCGGCUGGGACCCGGUCGAGGGCGAGCGCUACCUCGACUUCCUCCGCUUCUGCGUCUGGGUCGGAGGUGAGAGCGUUGAGGAGAACGCCAACCUGGUGAUCCGACUGCUGAUCCGGCGGCCCGAGUGUCUCGGUCCGGCCCUGCGCGGAGAGGGAGAGGGUCUGCUCAACGCCAUCAACCAGGCUAACAAGAUGGCGGAGCGUAUUGACGCUCAGAACAACGGAGCGGUCGAGGCUGACGGCGGAGCGUUCAGCAGCCACCCGCGGCCGCUCAGUGAUGACGACGAGGACUAUAUCAACACGGGCGCGGCCAUCCUCAACUUCUACUGCACUCUGGUGGACGUCAUGGGACGCUCCUCGCCCGAGGAGUUCCUCAUUGAACAGGGAAAGAACGAGUCGCUGCGAGCUCGUGCCAUCCUCCGCUCUCUGGUGCCGCUGUCUGACCUGGAGGGGGUGCUGAGCCUGCCGUUCACGCUGAGGGACGGAGAGGGAGAGGACGCCUCCAGCAGCGACAUGCCGGCGGGUCUGAUUCCGUCCCACAAGCAGUCAGUGGUUCUGUUCCUGGAGCGUGUGUACGGCAUCGAGGACCGCGAGCUCUUCUUCCGACUGCUCGAGUUCGCCUUCCUGCCCGACCUGCGGGCCGCCACCGUUCUCGACAAGAGUGACGGCGGCGAGUCAGACAUGGGUCUGGCUCUGAACCGCUACAUCGGUAACUCGAUCCUGCCGCUGCUCAUCAAACACUCGCGCUUCUACGCCGACGCCGACAACUACUCGAGUCUGCUGGACGCCACGCUGCAUACCGUGUACCGGCUCAGCAAGAACAAGAUCCUCACCAAGGGACAGCGAGAGGCCGUCUCCGACUUCCUGGUCACACUCACCAGGGAGCUGCAUCCAGGAAUGAUGCUGAAGCUGCUGCGGAAGCUGACGGUGGACGUCUCCAACAUCAACGAGUACACCACCGUCGCUCUCCGGCUUCUGACGCUGCACUACGACCGGUGCGGCCGCUACUACGGCUCUCCGAAUGGCCAGGGAUCCUACGGCUGUGCCAGUGAGGAGGAGAAGAGGCUCACCAUGAUACUGUUUUCAAACAUCUUCGACUCGCUCGCUAAAAUGGAGUACGACCCUGACCUGUUCGGUAACGCUCUGCCGUGUCUGACGGCCAUCGGCUGCGCGCUGCCGCCCGACUACUCGCUGACCACGGGCUAUGAGGACGAGCUGUUCCGACAGAGCACGAGAACGGACGCCAAGUACAUCCCGCAGCCCAUCGACACCAGCAGCGUGGCGCUGACCAAGGAGAUGGUGGACGUGAUCCAAAAGUUCAGCGACCACUACCACGACGCCUGGGCCUCGCGGAAGCUGGAGAACGGCUGGUUCUACGGCGAGGAGUACAACCGCGAGGAGAGGACGCACCCCCGCCUGAAGCCGCCCUACAUGCUCUCCGAAUAUGAGCGGGAGCGGUACCGGGAGCCGGUGCGCCAGGCGCUCACCGCCCUGCUGGCCCUCGGCUGGACCGUCGAGUACGGAGAGGCCGACACACUGAGUCCCAAGGGAUCCAUCCGACGCAGCUCGUCGCGACAGGAUGUGCCACCGAUCGCCGACUCGAGCAGUGGCGGCGGUCCGGCCAACUACAACCCCCAGCCGGUGGACAUGACCAACCUGACUCUGAGCAGAGAAAUGCAGAACAUGGCUGAACGACUCGCCGAGAACGCCCACGACAUCUGGGCCAAGAAGACCAAACACGAACUAGAGGCGUCCGCGGGAGCCAGCGCCCACCCUCAGAUGGUGCCCUACGACCUGCUCACUGACAAGGAGAAGCGCAAGGACCGAGAGCGGUGCCAGGAGCUGCUCAAGUACCUCCAGUUCCAGGGCUACAAGCUGGCCAGGGCCCGCACCUCCCGCUCGGACAGCGAGAGCCAGGAGAAGGCCGCCGCGGCCGCCACCGAGCGCCGCUUCGCCUACAGCCUACUGGAGAAGCUGCAGCAGUACCUGGGCAGUGCGGCGCUCAACAUGAAGGUGCUGGUGCCCAGUCAGAACCUCGGCCACCGCGUCAGCUUCAAACGGCCGUCCAGGGACGUCAAGUUCUUCUUCAAGGUGGUACUGCCACUGAUGGAGAAGUACUUCAGCACCAACAGGAGCUACUUUAUCGCCGUGCCGACCGUCACCAAUAUGGUCGGAGCGGCCAGUCUCAAGGAGAAGGAGAUGGUCGCCAACGUGUUCUGCAAGCUGGCCCACCUGCUCCGGAUGAAGAUGUCGUCGUUCAGUAGCGACACCAGACUGGCCGUCCGAUGUCUGACCGUCCUGGUGCGAGCCGUCGACGCCAGGUCACUGGCCAAACAGUGUCCCGAGUUUGUCCGCACCUCGAUGCUGACCUUCUUUAACCACGCUGCUGAAGAUGUGGGCACCACCGUACAGCACCUUCAGGAGUGUCUGGUGAAGUGGGGACUGCUCAACAUAAACGUUAGGGAACGAGGCGGAGUCAUACAGGAGAAGUACAGCUACAUCCGCGGCACGCACCUGAAGACGUCGUCGUGCCUCAACUACGUGCAGCUGGUGCUGUUCCCGGUGCUGACCGCCUUCUUCGACCACCUGGUCGUCUGCGAGUACGGCACCGAUCUGCUCCUGGAUGAGAUUCAGGUGGCCUGCUACAAGCUGUUCCACGGCCUCUACCAGCUGGGAACAGACCCAAACCUCUCAAACCAGAGGAAGUUCAUCAAGGCGGAGCUGGACCGCCACCGCCCCUCGCUGGGCACCUGUCUGGGCGCUUUCGCCGCCUGCUUCCCCGUGGCCUUCCUGGAGCCCGACCUUAACAAAUACAACCAGUACUCGAUCCACGGACGGCUGCAAGAAAGGUCGCUCGAGGCGCAGGAGGUGAUGGCCCGUCUGGAGGCGGCCGUUCCGACCCUGGAGGAGAUCCUGAAGAUGGUGGAAAAGUUCGCCGAGAGCGGUGGCAAGUACGACGAGGCGCGCCACAUCGUCGACUCGCUGCUGCCCAUGCUGUGCGCAUACCUGCCGUUCUGGUGGUCGCAGGGACCGGACAACGCCGGCGAGGGAGAAACCCAGAGCACGACCCGCGUCACGGACGGCCACAUGAACCAGCUGCUGAAGAACAUCCUGCACCUCAUCAAGUCCAACAUCGGCAGCGCCGAGGCGCCGUGGAUGACGCGUAUCGCCGGCUACGCGCAGCAGAUUAUCGUCAGCUGCUCACCGGAUCUGCUCUACGACCCGUACCUGCCGCUCGCUGAAAAGGUUCGCCGUCGGACGGAGGCCAUGUACCACAAGGAGGAGAACCUGCGUGGCUUCCUGAAGAGCACCACCGAGGACACGUCUCAGGUGGAGGGCCAGCUGCAGGAGAUGUGGUACCUGCUCGUCAGAGACAUAUACGCCUUCUAUCCGCUGCUCAUAAAGUACGUGGACCUGCAGCGCUCCCACUGGCUCAAGGACUGCGUCCCAGAGGCCGAGGACCUCUACAACCAUGUGGCCGUCAUCUUCGAGAUCUGGUCAAAGUCACAGUACUUUACCCGCGAGGAGACCAACUUCAUCUCCCAGAACGAGAUCGACAACAUGACUCUGAUCCGUCCGACGACGACGGCGCGCCGCACCACGGCAGCCGUCUCGGAGCCGUCCGCCGGCCGCGGGAAGAAAAAGAAGAAGCGCGGCGACAAGAAGAAGAGCAAGGACAAGGACGUGGCGUCCAGUCUGAUGGUGGCCUGUCUGAAGCGUCUGCUGCCGGUGGGACUGAACCUGUUCGCCGGACGUGAACAGGAGAUGGUUCAGCACGCCAAGGACCGCUACCUCAAGGGUAUCGCCGAGUACGAGAUCAUCGAGACAACCAAGGCCGAGCUGACCAUGCCGGACAGACUCGACCCGACCGACUCCAAGUCCUGGCAGCAUCACCUCUACAGUAAGCUGGGCGGCGGCGCUCGCAAGGCCAUCACCGAGUCGGACAAGACCAUCUCGGAGAAGGCGCCCACCGUUCAGGACAUCGUUCAGCGUAUUGUCGACAUGGCCAAGGUUCUCUACGGCCUGCACAUGGCCUUCACCAAGGCGUCCGGCAAACAGACAGAGUGGAAGAAAAUGAUGAGCACUCCGCGCAAGAUGGCCGUCCUCAAGUGUUUGCGCAGCACGCCGAUGUACAAUGUGGCUAGGCACCGUGCCGUAAACCUGUUCCUGCAGACCUACAGCAACGUGUGGCUCUCGGACGAGAACUCCGGCCAAGAAGUGCUCAUCGAGGACCUGACGCAAUCGUUCGAGGACAGCGAGCGUAACAAGAAGACCACCAAAGAAGAGGACGAGGAGGAGGCUCCUGACCCGGUCACCCAGCUGGUCACCAUGUUCUCGCGCCAGGCGCAGAUGGAGCAGGGGCCGCAGUGCGAGGACGCGCUCUACAUGGACUACGCCGUCAUCAUGGCCAAAUCCUGCGGCGAGGAGGAGGAAGAAGGGGGAGACGAGGAGGAGGGAGAGGAGGGAGCUGGUGACGAAGGCGACACUGCUGACGCCAUGAACGAGCAGGAGAUCGAGAAGCAGAAGCUGCUGUUCUGUCAGGACCGGCUGUCCAGCCGCGGAGUGGCCGAGAUGGUGCUCCUCAAUAUCUCCGCCAGCAAGGGCCAGCCCAGCGAGAUGACUAUGAAGUCGCUGGACCUCGGCAUCUCCAUACUACGCGGCGGAAACGUCGAUGUGCAGAUGGCCAUGCUGAACUACCUGAAGGAAAAGAAGGACUCGUCGUUCUUCGUGUCCAUCUCUGGUCUGAUGUCAUCCUGCAGCGUGCUCGACCUGGACGCGUUCGAGCGGAACACCAAGGCCGAGGGCCUGGGCGUCGGCUCAGAGGGCGCCGCUGGAGAGAAGAACAUGCAUGACGACGUGUUCACGUGCGCCGUAUUCCGGUUCCUGCAGCUCACCUGCGAGGGCCACAACCUCGACUGGCAGAAUUACCUGCGCUCCCAGGCGGGUAACACCACCACGGUCAACCUGGUCAUCUGCACGGUGGACUACCUACUGAGGCUGCAGGAAUCCAUUAUGGACUUCUACUGGCACUACUCGUCCAAAGAGAUCAUUGACCAGGCCGGCAAGUCCAACUUCUUCAAGGCGAUCGGCGUGGCCAGUCAGGUGUUCAACACGCUGACUGAGGUCAUCCAGGGCCCGUGUGUCGGCAACCAGCAGGCGCUGGCCCACUCCAGGCUGUGGGACGCCGUGGGCGGCUUCCUGUUCCUGUUCUCGCACAUGCAGGACAAGCUGUCGCGCCACGCCAGCCAAGUGGACCUGCUCCGUGAGCUGCUCAACCUGCAGCAGGACAUGAUCAUCAUGAUGCUCUCCAUGCUGGAAGGAAACGUGGUGAACGGCACAAUCGGCAAACAGAUGGUGGACACCCUGGUCGAGUCGGCCUCCAACGUCGAGAUGAUUCUCAAGUUCUUCGACAUGUUCUUGAAGCUGAAGGAUCUGACCGAGUCGACCAACUUCCAGGACAUCGAUCAGAACAAUGACGGCAUGAUCACACCGAAGGAGUUCAAGGACAAGAUGGAACAGACCAAGGCCUACACUUCUCAAGAGAUCAACUUCCUGAUCAUGUGUUGCGACGAGAACCACGACGGCAAGAUUGACUACCUGGAGUUCACCGAGCGCUUCCACAACCCGGCCAAGGAGAUCGGCUUCAACCUGGCUGUGCUCCUCACCAACCUGUCAGAGCACAUGCCCAACGAUCCCAGACUGGCCCGUUUCCUGGAGACGGCCGGCUCGGUGCUGAACUACUUCGAGCCGCUGCUUGGCCGUAUCGAAAUCCUCGGCGGCAACAAGAAGAUCGAGCGCGUCUACUUUGAGAUCAAACAGGAGCACAUAGAACAGUGGGAGAAGCCGCAGAUCAAGCAAUCGAAACGGGACUUUUUCUACCAAGUGGUGACCGAGGGUGGCGACAAGGAGAAGCUGGAGCUGUUCGUCAACUUCUGUGAGGACGCCAUCUUUGAGAUGCAGCACGCCACCAGCCUGAUGGGGGAGGAGGAGGACGCCAAGCCGGGCGGAAAGAGCAAGGAGACCUUCGACAUCCUCAAUGCCGACGAGGAGGAAAAGAGCGGCAUGGACCUGGUCAAGUCCUACCUGGGCAAGCUGAAGGACAUGCUUCUGGGCGGCCUGAGCGCCAUCGCACCCGCCAAUCUCCGCCGCCGGCUGGCCGAGCUCCGCCGUAUGACUGCCGUCGAGCUCCUGCUGGCAGCCUUCCGCCUCGCCUUCCAGCUAGUCUACUACACGGGCUGGGCGGCCGCCGCUGUCAUCAAGUACGUCCUGGGCGUCAUCAACGCGCUGAUGCAGGGCGAGCGGCUGGAGAAGCCGCCCGAGAAGAAGGAGGAUGACGUGUUCGGUCCGAUGACGCUGGCGGUGACGCCGCCGCCGCCGCCCGUGAUGCCGCUACCAGAGCCGGGAGGCAGUCCGCCGCGGGAUGGCACGCCAGCCAGGAUGCUGGAUGAGAGCGGUCGCGAGAUGUCUGAGCCGGGCGCCACCCCGGCCGAAGGAGCCGAGACCACCGAGGAGCCCAAGUCCGAGGUGGUGUCUGCCAAGGAGGCGGAGCGCAGGGAGAUUGAGAAGCAGCAGGCGGCUGUGCUGGAGGAGAAGGAGGACACGAACGCGCCGACCACCGCCGCCGAGCCGGCCGCCGUCGCCCAGGUUGACCUUAGCGAGUACGUUCACCGCGUGGUUAGCUUCCUGGCCCGCAACUUCUACAACCUCAAGUACAUGGCGCUGGUGCUGGCGUUCUGCAUCAACUUCAUGCUGCUCUUCUACAAGGCGAGUGCCCUGCUGGAGGACGGAGACGAUGAUGAAGAAUCGGCGGCGGACCUGGCUGAUCAGAUAUCAGGCAGUGGAUCGGGAUCGGGCGAACUGGACAUAACGGGCUCUGGAGACGGUGCGGACGGUGGAGGCGACGACGACGAUGAAGACGGGCCCGAAUGGAUCCACGUGGACGACAAGUACUUUUUCCUGGAGCACGUGGUUCGCCUCAUGUCUAUCAUUCACAGUAUCGUCUCGCUCUUCAUGCUGGUUGCCUAUUAUCAUCUCAAGGUGCCUCUGGGUAUCUUCAAACGUGAGAAGGAGGUGUGCCGUAAGCUGGAGUUCGACGGACUGUACCUAGCCUCUCAGCCUGAAGAUGACGACCUGAUGGCACACUGGGAUAAACUGGUCAUAUCGGCAAAGAUGUUCCCGGCCAACUACUGGGACAAGUUUGUCAAGAAGCGCGUCCGCCAAAAGUACAGCGACUCGUACGAUUUUGACCAGAUCAGCAACCUGCUCGGCAUGGAGAAAUCGGUGACCAUGUCGCAGCAGUCGACCGGCAGCGGCUUCUUCCACUUCAUCACGUCCAUCGACUGGCGGUACCAGCUGUGGAAGAUCGGCGUCACGUUCACCGACAACGCGUUCCUGUACUCGUUGUGGUACUUUGUCUUCUCCAUCUUGGGCAACUACAACUACUUCUUCUUCGCGGCCCACCUGCUGGACGUGGCCGUGGCCGUGCCGUCACUGAAGACGAUCCUGCAGUCGGUCACUCACAACGGAAAACAGCUCUGCCUUACGCUGCUUCUGCUGACCAUCGUCGUCUACAUCUACACCGUGAUCGCCUUCAACUUCUUCCGCAAGUUCUACGUACAGGCCGAGGACGACAACGUCGACCAAAAGUGCCACGACAUGUUUACAUGUUUCGUGUUCCAUCUGUACCAGGGCGUGCGCGCCGGUGGUGGUAUCGGAGACGUCAUCGACCCGCCGGAUGGCGACCUCAACGAGGUGUACCGCAUCCUGUUCGACAUCUCGUUCUUCUUCUUCGUCAUCGUCAUCCUGCUGGCCAUCAUCCAGGGUCUGAUCAUUGACGCGUUCGGCGAGCUCCGUGACCAGCUGGAGUCGGUGAAGGAGGACAUGGAGUCCAACUGCUUCAUCUGCGGCAUCGGCAAGGACUACUUCGACAACGUGCCGCACGGCUUCGAGACGCACGUGCAAAAGGAGCACAACCUGGCCAACUACAUGUUCUUCCUGAUGCACUUGAUCAACAAGGACGAGACCGAGUACACGGGUCAGGAGACCUACGUGUGGACGCUCUACCAGCAGCGCUCCUGGGACUUCUUCCCCGUCGGAGACUGCUUCCGCAAGCAGUAUGAAGACGAACUGACGGGCGGCGGCGGCGGCAGCUAGGCGGUCCCAUCAAGAGCAAUGAAACUUUAUACAGCGGUAGUUAUCGAAGUUUUGAUGACAGUUUUCAAAGAUAGUUUUCCACUGAUAGUUUUACGCUGAUCCUGACUUUAUUCUCCGUGACAGAAGAAUACUUUCAGUUAACAGUGUCAGUUAUUGGACAAUGGACAGGGACACCCUGUGAAGGUGUCUGGGCCAGUAGCGUGCCUUUGCCACUGGAGCUGGUGUCUUGCUCCGCCGCCCUGUGUCUGAGCUGUAGCGGGGACGAGUUGUCCCUGCACCGCUCCGGGUGUGUCUCGGGUCCGCUGGAAGGGCCGACACGCCUCUCUACCCCCGUCUUUUCCGUGUGUGACCCGGUGAUCGGUUUAAGCGCCGCUGGGGGGCGCCACUCGAGCUUCUCUGCUCUGAUAACUGCGCCCGCCCCGUCCAUUUGUGAUACCCCUAGUCAUAUCUGAAUACCAACGCUCUCUUCUGUCCUCCAGGCCAGUGGGUUGGCCGGAGCGUUUCGUUUCGAGUUUUUAACGAUCGAAUCCUGUAAUCUGGUUGAAUAUACACGACAAUACAGUAGAAACACGACG